AUGAUAAUAUUUUUUAUAUUAGGACUUGUAUUAUGUAUAAAUGGAGCAUUAGAUUAUCCAACAGCAUGUGAUUGUUAAGAGCAUGUAGAAAAAGAAAGUUGUGAAAGUCAUAAUUGUAAUUGGUCUAGAUCAGAAUGUAAAGUGGCUGAAUGUAAUGAGAGAUCCUUAUAGAAUUGCAUAAGUUCAUCUUAAUUCUUGAGUUAAAAUCCUCAUUAUUGUUACAUAAACAAUGGAAGAUGUGAAAAGCUAAAUAGAUGUGAAGAUAUUUAAAUAAGUUUAAAAAAUUAUGGACAAGCAAGAGAAUAAUGUUAACUUUAUUAAUGUGCUUAUGAUUUAGUAAGCGGAUACUGCUUCAAACCAAAAAAAUGUGAAGAAAUUUAUGAUCAAUAUACAUGUGAUAGUUUCUUAAUUGCUAAAAGUAAUCCUUUAGAAAUAGAUUCUAUUUGUUAUUGGGAAGGUCAGUGCAAAACAAGAAGUUCAUUUAUAGAAGAUUGUGGAUCAAUCAAAGAUAAAGAUGUUUGUUAAUAAGGAGGAUGUUAAUAUGAAAAUGAUUAAUGUAUAGAGAUUAAUUGCAAUAGUCGUACUAUUAAAGAGUGUAAUGGAGAGUAUGUUAAUCAUUAAGGAAAAGUUUUUGUAUGUUAUGAGAAUAAUGAUAAAUGUGAACAAAUACAAACUGAGAAGCUGCACAAAAUUGUCUGUAACUCUAUGAUUGGACAUACAUACAAAGAUAAACAAUGUACAAAAUGCAUUUCUUAUGCUGAACAUUGGAAAUGA